AUGGGACUCCUCGCACUCGUGCUCCCGUCACUUCUCCUCCCCGUACGGCGCGAUCUGGACCAUGGGAACUCUGACGACAACGGCGACAACAGCAAUGAUGAUGAUGACGACGACGACGACGACAACCACAACUUUCACGAUGUACUCACCACCAACACACCUCAUCCCCGCGUUCGUCGCGUUUACUCUAAUGUCACUCGCGCAGUCACGGAGGACGAUACCUUGGACAUCGAGUCUCCAAACAGGUCACCAUUUGCGCGCCUGAAGGAAUACGUCUGGCCUGACGACGACAAAGCUAGCAUGGAGUCUUUCAUACCGAACUAUCGUUGGACCCCCAUCAUAUCAGGCAUUCUCAUUCCGUUCUCUAUCCUUCUCGAGAUCCCCGGGCUCACUCAACACUGGUACAUCCGAACCGAGAACGAUGUCACGGUGGAGACCAAGCCCAACUCUAUCAUCCUGGACGUCGGACUCGGGAUUUCUGUGGCUUGUGCGGUUAUUGCCAACAUUGCUCUCGUCCUUCGCUUCCUCGAGAAGCGUGUUCAGACGGUCACCCUCAUCUGUAUCAUAUUUCUCACAUUACACGAUCUCAUCAACAUCGCGGCGGUUACUACAUUUGGUAUCGAGCAUCGUUUCAGUGACGGUUUCACCUAUGGGCCGGCUUUCUGGACGACUCUUUGCUCCACCAUCGUGUCAUUGGUCACCAAUGUGUCUCUCAUUGUUGAUCUCAUCCGUACUCCAGAUUUCUCCAAGCGAGGCAGCGGCUUGACUCGCAAGCAACGUGCUCUUAUGAUCAUUGUGAUCCUACUUCUCGUCUACCUCGCUCUCGGCUCGCUCAUCAACUUCGCUCUCCUCGAUCUCAGCUUCAUCGACGGUCUCUACUUCGCUGUUGUCUCCAUCGAAACCAUCGGGUUCGGCGACAUUACACCAAAGUCCACCGGUGCUCGUGUCUGGACGUGCUUCUAUAUCGCUGUCGGCAUCAUCAACAUCGGUGUCGCCAUCGCCAUGUGCCGCGAGACUGUGCUCGAAGGCCUCGAGAUCGGCUAUCGACGCCGGAUACGCGACAUGCGGCAGAAGCGUCGUGAAGCGCGCCGCUUUCGUCGGUGGAAGCGCCUCUGGCAGCGCGCGAUCGAGUUCCGCCUCCGCGAAAGUGGUCAGCCCGUGUGGGUCGCGAACGCUCAGCCCACUGUCAUAGCGGCGCGAAAGGGGAUGCACCUUCCGUUCUUCCGCAAGGUUGGGCGGACGAUCAAACGCACGGCAACGAUGACAAGUGUGGACCAUGUAUUCGGGGGCCAUCGAGGAUACCACCUCAACCUUGAUGCUCUCUCGAACGACCAACUGGAGGCCGCCGCGCUUGAAACAGGCGUCCCGCUCUCGAUGUUCCUUGACCCUAGCGAGCGGCAACAGUCCGGCUCCAAUGACCGCAGCGCUGCACACACCAACGAGACCCACGGGGGCGUCGAACUCGCCAACGCCGCGCAGGCUUUCAAGGAGUCGAUCGCGAGCGAUUGGCCUUCUUCAAACCUACAAACGCCCACGCACGCGCAGGUUGGCCGCAUGGCCGCGAUGAUCACCAAGUUCGCGGUGACUGUCGUCGGCGCGCACGCGCCCGCGCCGGGACUUCCACACGAGGCGUUCGUCGCGCGCACCGCAGAGGAGCGAGAGCAGCGAGGGACCCACGGUUCCCAGGAUCAAGGGGAAGCGAAGCGCCAUCCCAUGGCGCGAUGGCUCAACGAUCUGCCCCAUGGUAACAACACGCGUUCGGUGUGGGCGUACGAGAAGUAUAAGGAAGACGUGGAGGCGGAGGAGAAGAAGGCCUACUUCGUCAAGCUCACCAUUGCCUUGUCACUUUUUCUGCUGUUUUGGAUGAUCGGUUCUGCCAUCUUCUCGGCCACGGAGAACUGGUCUUUUGGGGUUGCAUUCUACUUCUGUUUCGUUGCUUUCACGACGACCGGAUAUGGUGACUAUGCGCCACGGACACCCGCUGGCCGGUCGAUCUUCGUCGUGUGGGCUCUCUUUGGUGUAGGCACGCUGACUAUCUUGGUGGCUGUCAUCCAGGAGGCGGGCUCAUCCCGUUACAAAAGCGCUUUGCACUCUCACGUCCUCGAAAAGGCCGUGGUCCAGUACCGCAAGAAGUCGUUGCAGGAAUCGAAGCGCCCGCAUCCCGAAGAUCGCACAAAGCAAGCGACCUCCAGUACCUCAGCAAAGAAGUCACACCAUGAUCGCCUACGUGAGAGAGAAACAGUCGCACAGCAGGCGCUCGAGACGCUUCCCCACGAGAUCGUCAUAAUGGCGGCUACGUUCGGCGACCUGAUGCGCUUCUCCCACAACGGUGGCAAGGGCAACAGCCUGAUCGAGAAGCGCGACGAGGACACGGCGGAGCGCGGGGAGGCCUGCGCCGGCGAGGGUCGGAGCGCGAGUGGCAAACUGAAGGUACCACGGGAGAUGCGCGCGCUGCUGGACGAGCUCGGCCAGUUGCAGGACAUGAACGGGCGUGUGCGCGGGGAGAUCCUCCAGGACGAGGAGUCGCGGAAGACUCUCAUCCUCCUCACUCUAGAGCGCUCGCUCAAGCGACUUCUGGGGUCGGCGGAGAAGGCGCUUACUGCGCUGGCGGACCGCGACGCGCUCCAGUCUCUCGUCGCCACUGCCGACCGCGUGUCGUCUGAGCGUGGGUCCGCACACAGUUCGUUCAGGCGCACGCGCUCCGAUGCGUCAAUCACGGCUGUGACUAGGAGUCGGCCCUCAUCUCCUCCUGCCACCCCAUCUCCUCCACCUCGGCCUGAGCGGAUACACGCGCGGGGGACGGAAGCACCGGGGGAAGAGCGCGGUGCAGGCGAAGCAGACGGGGAAGUCGAUGAUCACCGUCGCAUCGUGUCGGAUCCGAGAAAGCCGCCCGCGGGGUCACCGACGUCGCCAGGGUCGUCAUCGUCGGACCACGAAUGA